ACGGGGCAGGUGGGUUAGAGGAAAGCCAAACAGCAGCAUAUUGGGCAGAGCUGGAGAUAAGAUUCAAACAGAAGCAAGUGAGAGGACUUGGAAACAAGAGGCUGUGCCCAGAAGAGCUGUGGAAAGUCUCACUGGAGGAGGGGCCUUGCUCCACCAAACACCUCUUCCGGGAAUCUGACUGACCCAUCAAUGGGCGGCGUUGUGCCACACUUAUUCUGCUUUCCGCGGGGAAGAAGUCGGCAGCGAAGUCAGCACCUCAGGCUACGCGCUGGAGCUACGACCUGUGGGGAGAAGGAGCAAGAGAUGGACGCGCCGCAGAGCCCCCCGCAGCUGGACCGGGACCUGCUGGAGUCGCCCGAGGGCUGCCCGUCCCCGCUGGAGCUCAAGUCCGCCCCCAGCAAGAAGAUGUGGGUCAAGCUCCGGGCGCUGUUGAGGUACAUGGUGAAGCAGCUGGAGAAUGGCGAGGUGAACAUCGAGGAGCUGAAGAAGAACCUGGAGUACACAGCCUCGCUGCUGGAGGCCGUCUACAUCGAUGAGACCAGGCAAAUCCUGGACACAGAGGAUGAGCUGCAGGAGAUCAAGUCGGACGCGGUGCCGUCUGAGGUGCGGGACUGGCUGGCUUCCACCUUCACCCAGCAGACCCGCGCCAAGGGCCGGCGCUCCGAGGAGAAGCCGAAGUUCCGCAGCAUCGUCCAUGCUGUGCAAGCCGGCAUCUUCGUGGAGAGGAUGUUUCGCCGGACGUACACGGCCGUGGGGCCCAACUACUCCAACUCCGUCAUCAACUGCCUAAAGACCCUGGACCUGUGGUGCUUUGACGUGUUUUCACUGAACAGAGUGACGGACGACCACGCCCUGCGCACCAUCGUCUUCGAGCUGCUCACCCGACACAACCUCAACAGUCGUUUCAAGAUCCCCACUGUGUUUUUAAUGACCUUCCUGGAUGCGCUGGAGGCCGGCUACGGGAAAUACAAGAACCCUUACCACAAUCAGAUCCACGCGGCCGACGUGACCCAGACUGUGCACUGCUUCCUGCUGCGCACUGGCAUGGUGCACUGUCUGACGGAGAUUGAGGUCCUGGCCAUCAUCUUCGCAGCUGCCAUCCAUGACUAUGAGCACACGGGCACCACCAAUAGCUUCCACAUUCAGACCAAGUCUGACUGCGCCAUCCUGUACAACGACCGCUCCGUGCUGGAGAACCACCACAUCAGCGCCGUCUUCCGCAUGAUGCAGGACGACGAAAUGAACAUCUUCAUCAACCUGGCCAAGGAUGAGUUUGGGGAGCUGCGGUCCCUGGUGAUUGAGAUGGUCCUGGCCACAGACAUGUCCUGUCACUUCCAGCAGGUCAAGUCCAUGAAAACCUCCCUGCAGCAGCUGGAGAGGAUCGAUAAAUCGAAAGCACUGUCGCUGCUGCUGCAUGCAGCUGACAUCAGCCACCCCACCAAGCAAUGGAGCGUCCACAGCCGCUGGACCAAGGCUCUCAUGGAGGAGUUCUUCAGACAGGGGGACAAGGAGGCUGAGCUGGGCCUGCCCUUCUCUCCGCUCUGUGAUCGCAAGUCCACACUGGUGGCCCAGUCCCAGAUUGGUUUCAUUGAUUUCAUCGUGGAGCCAACGUUCUCGGUGCUGACAGACGUGGCGGAGAAGAUUGUUCUCCCGCUGGUGGAGGAAGGUUCCAAGACUAAGUCCUCCUCCAGCCAGCAGAGCAGCUCCCAAUGGAGGCAGCAUUCCCUGGACGAGCAUUCAGAGCUGGGCGACAUCAACACCGACAUCACCAGCUUCCGCUCCACCUGGAGCAAGUACAUCCAGGAGAACAAGCAGAAGUGGAAAGAACGAGCGGCCAGUGGGAUCACUAACCAGACUUCCAUCGAUGAGCUGUCACCCUGCGAGGAGGAGCCACGGGUACCCGAGAACCAGCACAAUCAGAACGGCGAUGUGGAAUAGCACAGUCAGCGAGGGAUCUAGGUCCCUUUUCCGACUGAAUGAUGCAGUUUAGUCCAAAGUCUUCGAUGCCAUCGAAAUCAGCACCAUCGCAGGAGGAGCCGCCCCGGCCGGAGGGCGCGGGAACAACCAUUGCCGAGAUAGAAUUCUUAAAUGUCACCUGAGAGCCGAGGGAAACCCAGAUGUCACCAAGCACAUGACCUGAGCCCAUCCACGUCCUCCCUCGCCACCCCCCAGAGCCCUGCAAAGGCCAGGCCCGCCCUGCCAAGCCAGGCACAACAGCCCCUGUUCCCCCUGCCUUCCAGCCCUGCCCCUCCCGUGGGGGCCAGCGGUGGCAUCUCACUGCCCGGCCAGUAAACGCCCAGAGCUGCUGAGCCAGGGCCUUGCCCACCUCUUUGUAUAGGACUUGCUCUGUGCCAUCCCGAGGUGUCAGAUGCCCAGGGGUGAGUGAGGAGAGGCAGCUUCAAGGGGUUGAAGCUGGGCUGGGGAAGGGGUUCCCAAAGAUGGAAUUUGGGUGGAGGGGGUUCCAUGUAUGUUCCAACAGCUCCUGUGCCAGGGCCUGAGCCCGCAUUGUCAGAACAGCUUUUGGGCUCCUACUAAGCGCCUAGAGGUGGGAUCUGGGUCUAGCUGGCACGGGCUGGCAAAGUGGGCCCCACGGCAUGACACUUCCUGUGCGCUAAACCCCUCCCCCUGGCGCCCUUCCAGUCUGAUUGGGUCAGGGCCCAGCCACUGCCCUUCCCGCGAGGAGCCCGGGGCUCCGGCUGAUGUCAUGGGGCUGGAGUGGGCGGGUAGCUGCAGGGCCGUGCUCUUUUGCACGCCAAGGAGCUGUCGUGUGGAAUCUGGUCCUGCCAGGCCCCGUGUGACACGGGUGCUUGGUGUCACCUUGCACAUGGGGCUGUGCACUGUGGCAGGGCAGCCGUGAGGAGGGGCGGAGGCAGGGUGUUCACUCCUACCCCAUCACAGAGCAGUGUCAUCCUGGGCCGUUCCCAUGACUGGAGCGAGGGUUCCCAACCAGGCCCUGGCUCCUCACCGGACUCGGCAACCUCCACAGCCUCCCUCUGGCCCCGCAGCACUGGCAUGUUUUGAACCCUGCACUCUGCUCACACACGCACUGACUCUGGCAGCCUCAGCUCACACGUUACCCCCGCCAAGCUGCCGUGCCAUGUGCUGCAGCAGGGGUCAGCAAGGUCCCUGGGUGCCAGCAGGCUCCGGGGCGUUGGCACAGCUGGGGGGAGGGGCAGGGCUGGGG